UGUGAAAUAUGUUAGUGUAAUUUUAGUAAUAGCAUAAUGGAUAACGCGACUAGAUCAGUUGUCGAUCCAGUGGCGGCAAGAUGGAAUUCAUCAUCGAUAGACUUCGCAGAGAUCACAAUGGACCGGAACUUCGCAUUGCUUCUGGUCUCUCUGAUAUCUGCAAUCCUAUGGGUGGUUUAUAUAACGUACUACAAUAGCCGUGUUCUCGGCUAUAUACUGACCAGGCUCAUUAACAAAUUCUAUUUUCAAGAUGAGAACUUCAAGAUUGGUUCAUUCACUCUCAAUGCUCUCUCUGGUAAAAUCAUGUUCCGGGACAUUGUGUAUAUAAACUAUGACUACACACUGCGCAUCCAAGACGGAUAUCUGAUAUUCAGAUGGUGGCGAUCUUACGUCCCCAAAGAUGUUUCUGAAGAUUUAUCACAUUCCGAUACGCGCCUUUCAAUAAUGUUAAACGGUUUCGAAUUACAUUUCUACAAUCGAUGCGAUCUAUACAACGAACUCGAGAAAACAUUCGGCCUCGAGCCGGUUAUAAAGGAACGAAACGACGACGACUCCACCGACAGAGACAAAGCUAUGAACGAUGCCAAUGAGAAGCGACGACGAGCACAAGACACGGUGCGCUCCGAGGCCGCCAUGGCACGCACCUGGCGAGACCUUAUCCCCGUCAUAAAGAUAGACGUGUGCACCAGCCGAGUUGUCUUCGGUAAUAAACUCGUUCCCACCACUCUGUCUAUCAGCGUCGAGGAGUCGCAUCUCGUGUACAGCACCAAGCCACCUGCCUCCAGUCUUGACCAUCUGAUGCACUUCGUCAAAGCCAAGGCGGAAAACUGCAAAGUAAUUCUCGCCCCUAGCCCCAAUUACACCGCGAUGGUUGAUGAACCUCCAAGAUACAUGGGCGAAGGCUUCGUGGUGAUGAGCUCCAAUUACAUUGAAGUAUAUUUUUACAUGGACGAACCCGGCCUGGUGCCGGAGCAGCCUGUACUUUUGCAGCUAGCGAAUGGAGAUAUCGUGGAAUCGGCGCCGCCAAUUUGGGGCGUCGACAUCAAAUGUGGAAAAGGCACAGAUUUUAGUUACGGACCGUGGGCGGAUAGACAAAGAGAUCAUCUGUUUAGAUUUUUCUUUCCACCAAAUUACAAAUCUCUAGAAGUGACGCCGCAACCGAAACCUGGUGAUAGAAGGCAAAUGCAAUCCUUUGAUAUUAGACUGUCUACGUUAAACGAAGCGACGAUAGACAUUCUGUUUACCAAAAACAAAGAAACGAAUGCUGUCCACAUCAACAUUGGCGCCGGAUCGUACAUGGAAGUAACCCUGCCGUGGAUUGUGCUACAAGACGGAUACACGACUAAAAUAACAGGUCAGCUGCUCCACCUGGAGGCGACGACGAGUUUGCAGUAUAGAAGCUUAGCGGAGAGCGAGACUCUCGAAUAUACAGUGAAAUGUCACUACCCACUAGUGUGGAACCACCACCAGUGCUGGCAGCUGUCGCUGACUGGCUGUAAGGCCACGGCGCACUUUGUAUAUACACAUAUCGAUUUCUUCCAAGACCUGACGAACGAUUGGUCGAGCAAGGCCCGACCAGAUAUUUUGCAUUUCGUUCCAUAUACAUGGAAAAUAUCAUUAUUAUUAAAAGAGUGCGAAGUUUUGACUGUGAGCAAUCAACACAAUUGGAUAGAUUGCAGUUCAACAAAUCAAGAGAACAACCAUGUCGCCUUUUGUGGCGAUCUUCUAGAUGUGUCAUUUGAUUUACCGUUCAUUGAUUUCCUUCCGGACGUUAUACCUCUUAAGAUUUGGGUUCAAGGGGAAGCCGUGGACAUGAGUCUAUACUUACCUGAAGUAAACACAUCCAGACUGCUUCUGCUGUCCAUUGAUAAAAAUAUGAAAUUAGUACCUUGUCGGCUGAAAGCCUCCAAGUGGCGCAGAAAGUGCGUAAAAAGUCAAGGUUGGGUGGAUUGUUGGUCGGUUCCCAUAGUAGCUCUGAGCGUCAGGUACAAUUACCACCCGAUUCCACCGUUGGGGCCGGAGCCGCAAGCCGAUAUCACCACACCGGAGAAGGAAGAGAUUCUCCUCUCCCCAAUGAGAAUACCCCGAAUGAGGAAACAGCCUCAAAUGAAUUGGGUCAUAGAUGGAAAUACAUUCGAUCGCACUUCUCUACCGCCGGACAAAGUCAGCGUAGAACUAGAAGUGGGUCCGUCCGUCCUUCUCGCUUAUGGUACAAUAAUUACAAGUUUUAUGAAUUUAUUGGAGAAUAUUUUCGGCGAAGACCAAAGGUUCACAGAUAUGCAAAAAACCCCAAGCGUGGACAACCCCUUCUUCAAUGAUAACCCAACGAAGAUUAACGACAGAAGUAGUAUUAAUCAACACGUCGACAUAUCUAUGGACGACUCGAGCGAUUCCGGCAAGGAGCCAUUCGAUCCGCGUCGCUGCCGGCCGCUGGACGUCGCCGUGUCCAUCAUAAUACACGAUAUUCAAGCUCAUUUAGUGAAGAAUUGCAGCGAAAACGAGCCGCCCUGCCCUGUCGUACUUAUCGAAAGAUUCGGCUUUGAAAUGGAUAAGAGGUUCAAAGAAACCAAACUUCAGUUGUUACUCAGCCCCUCUAUACUUGUAUCGUCCAACAACCUGGCGAGACCCAACGCCAACAACACCGGCGCUCUGCAGCAAGGACACUUAAUGCUCUCGUCAUUCCAACUGCGAGGCAACGGCUUCUUCAGCGACACGAAUCGCUCCGUAGAGGAUGAUACCGUGGAGUACGCGUGGAUGAUGGAACUCCAACUUGGGCAACUGACGGGUCGCCUCACGUUGCCGCAGCUCUACCAAAUUAUUUCAUCACUCGAAACAUUCUUGUUGCUCAUAUGCGACAGUGAAAAUGAAUUAGUACCUCCAAAUUCAGUAAAACAGUGUCACCACGGCUUAAACACUGUUCUAUGCCCGGAAACAGAUUUAGGACUGAAAUACCGCUGCCCGACUCCUAACGAAAUCAAAUACCGUAUGAUACGAGUUGCAAUUGACCUAAUAGAUAUUUAUAUCGCCGAUUCCAAUACGACUUUACAGUCAUGGAUUUCUCCGAUCAGAUUAACAUUUUGUAAUCUCCACGGUACGGGUUUCGGAACUGGGAUAACUGGUUUGCUACCAAACAUUAAGCUCGCACUUUACACUCAGACCAACAUGCAAACCAAUACUCACCACCAUUCUAAUAGCAGCACAAACAGCCACAAUAAACAGACGCUUCCAGAAAGUGAAAACUGGGUCGGCGUCGGGUCCGUAGCUCUCGGGCCGGUGCUCAUUGAAGCCGCAUCGUCCCUACCCCAAGCGCCGAGGAAUCUCCAUUUGGUGCAGCAAAAGUUCCUUAAAUUGCACGAUGAUAAAACUAAAAGACUUUGGUUCCUGUGGCCAAACGAGGGCAGAGGCACGCAAUGUGGUUGCACGGGUGGAUGUGCUUUCUUUGGCUCCAAUAGAAACGGUCCCAAUUUCUUAAAGCCGACCCAAUCGGACAUACUCGAGGGCGUAAACAUAGCUAUGUUCAAUGUAAUUGAAACAUCCCCCGGAGAGUAUGGCUACGGGCAGAGCCUUUUGCAUCCCGGACAACUCGUGUUCCACACUCCUCCUUAUAAUAGCCUGAACGUUUGUUUGCAACCGACCAAUGUUUCCACUUUAAUCCCUUCACCGCUACCGCAAGCUUUCAACAAAUCACCUCAAAGCGCCGAACGGCGAAGUUUGACGCGACGGUUCUCUUAUACAAGCAUGAGCAAAGGCAGCAACAAUGUCCUCGUUUCUAGCACCAAAAGUGACGUCCCGUACGCUCGCCUAGUGGACUCCACUGUACCUCUGGGUACGUCAAAGAUCGACAGCGACUCGAAACUCAACAAGAGUAUUCUCAAUGUUCCGCAAAUGGAGAGCAGCGUGUCAGAUUCUAAAUUGGCACUCAGCUGUGGAGUAAAAGACACAAACGGAGUAGCGAAAAAGCCAGCGCCGACCGAAAGUGACGUGUUUGUAGCACCCAAAGUGCCGGCGAGAAGCGUGACCGUGUCGGAGUCUCACUAUUCGCUAAAUUCUCAGCCGCCUCAAGAAGAACUUUUGCAGCAAGAAGUUCAACGAACUAUGUCCAUCACGAGCGAAAACCAUUCUGAAGCGUUUUUCUCCGCAGACGAGGACAUGUUCCCGAGUCGGUCGUCUAGCUUAAAGCAUUCCUUCGGCAGCCGCCACAGCAACCCUAAGGAAAAGAGCUCAUUCGGUAUCGAUGCUACUAAUGAGAAGUGGACCAACUCCAUGCCGAGGUCUGAGGUAGUGGACUGCCCCGACACCAUCAGCAACCUGAGCACCGGCGUCCAGCCCGACUCAGAAAGUGGAUCCGUUUCUUCUACUUCCUUCAUUUCUGCAAUCUCAUCACAAGAAGACAUGACUCUUGUUAAUUUGCAUAUGCAAACUAAUAAACCUAUCGUCGAUUCUCCUCUACUGAUGGCCAGCUACAUGCACAACCUGCCGCAAUACAAAUGCUCCAAUUGGUCGACGUGUUCCCUGCCUACAGGGAGAGAUGCUUUCACUUUGCCGCUGUUCAAAAGGGCGGACGACGGAUCUCUUGUUUACAUCGGUCAAAAAUAUUUACCUAAUUUCGAGCAGACGGGAAAGGUGAAUAUUUUAAAACUCCUUGCAAAGAAAGAUGUCCACGGCGCCCAAAAUCAACAUGGCCCCUUUUCUAAUCUAACGCCCCACUUCAACUCUCAAAUCAAGGCCCAUCCUUAUCCGCAAGGCUGGUGGGAGCUGCAGCAGAACGUACAAGACAAUCAAGAAAAUGUCACAGACAAAAGUUCGGCGUCCAUCGCCACUACCACAAGUGACAGCAAGAGUGGCCUGUUUAUCAAGCUGCGCGGAGAAAUCGAUGUUAUGCUGACGCCUUUAGUACUUGAAAGCACUCAGAAGUUCGUCGAGUCUUUGACGCCGGUGCUCGCGAAUAUCCAUCCGAUAACGGUCAUAAAUCAUUUAAGACUGCUAUGCAUUUCCUCCGUGGAGAGCGCCAACGUUCUAAAGCAGAAGCAAUACGUGCAAAACUGGAUGCCGCAGCUGCAGUCGCACAACCACCCGAGCAUCGUACCCGACAAAGAUGACAAGUACAAGUUGGCGACCAUUCCUCAACCGAACGUCUACGAGGAGACGAUAUACGACCAGCUUCAAGCGACGGUCACGGUGCCCAAAGUCAACGUUAUAUUUAUACAGUCGUCCGUCGUUGAGGAUAUGAUCUCGUUCUCUGCUCUAGAUAACAUACAAGACCUGACUUGCGUUUCUCUUUUCGGAUUAUCGGUUGAGAACAUUGUAGCGAAAUAUGUCAGCUCCAAGAAAACAUUGGAGUCUAUACAACUGUACUACAGGCCGACGUUACGUGCGCUGGGGAGUAAAAAGUCCUUUGGCAUCAUGAAGGGGCCUCGAGCUCUUAUAUCUGCCCAAUCGUCGGGACGAAAGAGAGGCCCCGAGAGGGGGGAGCCGGUGUUUAUUGAAACCUCACAGCAGCAAUGCGAGGACACUACCUUCACACUUAAUGUUGGCAAGGUGCACGGCCAGCUGCGUCGCAUUCGCAACGAGUCCUCUCAGCUGAAAGAUGCCACAGUGACCGGCAUCCCUUGCCAACAUUCCAAAGUCAGUUUUAAGUUUACCAGAGUCGAUCCCUGCAGCAAGGCCUGCGAUACUACGUGUUGCCAAAAUGGCGCAACGGAUACCCAAAAAGAAAGUUCAAUAGGUUUCAUAAUGUUCGAAUGCGGGCUCGAGGGAGUCUCGAUCAAGGUGUCACAGCACUCGCAAUCUCACAAGGCCAACGAAGAGAAAAAACCUGUGCGGAACGACGCCGAGAGCUGCCGCGAGUCUGUCAAGUCCGCCGAGGAGUUAAAAUCGGACAAAGAGAGGAGCUCCAAAGGUUACAGGACCUCCGGCAUCGAAGAUCUCUUCAGGAAGAAGGAAUCGAACUCCAAGCCCAGUACACCCAACUUAGGGGCGACCCAGCCUCCGCCGGUGCCCCCCGAGCCCACGACCCCCGGCCCGGACGAGCCCUCCGACAGCACGGCGACCAUUGUGCCCGUCAAAGACAACGGCAACCGGUCCUCCUGCGCCAUAGAUUUGAAGGUGGUUUGGUUCAACUUCGCCGCCCCGCCGCGCACUCCGAUCACUAAGAAGAUCGACUACACCAGACUGGACUGGAACCUGCUGAGCACGGCAUCGCCGGCUAUCAACGCGUGGAUGAACCCGUGCAACAGGCUGGGCAUCCGCGUGGUGGCGCUGUACCGCGCCCGCGCGCGCCGCCUCGCCGCCACCGCCGCCAGCCUCAUGGCCGCCGCACUCGACCGCGCGCCCACACACACACUGCCCAAGAGCCGGUACGGGCGACACACGCCGAUGGCGCGGCAGCUGCGCGAGGAGCCGUCGUUGCAGCUGUGCGGGGUGCUGCUGCGGUACGCGCUGCAGGCUGACGCCGCCGCAGUGCAGGCUGACCUCGCCGAGAGACAUCUGCCCUCCCUCUCCACACUCAGACAGGGUGUCAUAGUGCUGAGCCGUCAGUGGAAGAACAUCCUGUACACGCCGCUGCUGCUGGAGCACAACUACAAGAGCAAGAUGAUGAAGCCGCUCAAUGUCACCUUCGCAUUGCCAGAUUUGUUAGAGGAUUCAGUGGAAGGUUGGCAGGAGUACCAGCUGGAGAAUGAAGCACUAGAUGAGAAUUGUCUGCUAUUAAACAUGGAAGCUGAUAAACUGAACAUACCUUCGUGCGCGGUGCCGGCCAGCCCGCGCCCCCACUCCUUCCCCUCCACGCCGCCCUCCGUGCGGGGCGCACAGAGCAGCCGGGCCAGCCUGGUCUUCCCCUCCCUGCCAUUCUCCACCAGGAAGACUCCCUUCCAGGAUGACGCCAUCGCUAAUUAUGGAACGUUAAAAGAAGAUCUACCGACUGUGGGGUCGAACCCAUCCCUGUACUCCCCCCACGGCAGUCACGACGACAUGGCCAACGAGCAGGCUCGCGAAGAUCUCUACCAGUGGAUGGCCAAACAGGAGCCCAUCAAAGUCGAGCCGAAAACAAAGAAGCCGAUAAUACCUGCGUCUAAGAUGAAUCCGCGCGCGGUGGCGGCGGCUCUGCCCGCCUGCAGCCUGUACCCGCUGCAGGGCUCGCUGAUGCUGCUGGACGCGCACCUCGUCUUCCAGCCGCUGCUGGCCGCGUUGGGCGUCUCGCCCCACCAGGUGCCGCAAGGGGAAUCGAAAGACAAGGGCUACAUGGCGGGGCAGGGAGUUGGCGAGGGGGGCGGGGGCGGCGAGAGCGCGCCGGCGCUGGAAUCACUGGGCUCCAAGCUGUCGCUGCUGGCCUGGCUCGACGUCUUCCGCAUCGACAUUGUCGUCAGCGACCUCGCCGCCCGCGACCGCAGGCACGCUAAUAACAAAGGAAAAGGUCAUCCGAGCCACAUCGACAUCCCGUCGGAGACGCCGGCCUUUCUGUGCGAGAAGGUGUCCAUCGACGUGGACGUGAAGAAGGUGGCAGACAUGGCGGUAGACGAGCUGGUGCAGCGGCGCAACGUGCUGUACAUCUCGCGCGGUCAGCUCAAGCGGCACAUCAGCACCAUGCUCAACUUCAACGUCAGCGUGCGCUUCAUCUCACAACAGGUGAACAUGCCGCUGCUGCGACUGCUGCAUCAGAUCAGCAACAUGUACCAGAACGUGAAGGACACGCAGACCGAGCUGCGCAGCCAGACAAAGCUAAACCACCGACAGAACAAACACACAUCAUCCUCCGUUUCCGACUUCCGUGAGAACAUAGUGAGCCUGUCUUCGCUGGACAAAGAGAGCACGUACGGGAUGAUGGGCGUCACCGUGAGCGCGGACGUGGAGACGCGCUCUCCGCCCACCACCGCGCCGCCCGCACCCCGCGCGCCUCGCCCACAGUCCUUCGCACAGAAGCUGCGCUCCACCGGGAAAAGCGUCAAGGGUAGACUAGGCUACAGUUCGCUGAACGAGGGCGCACAUACUCCGAUGUACAGUGCGGAGACGCCUCGUGUGCCCGCCGGUCCCGCCCCCGUCAUCUCUGGCAUCGUCGUGGUCGGUGUUGCCAGGAUCCACCGCACGCGGCUGCUGGCAUCGCUGUCCGGGUUGAAGCUGGAGGCGGAGAUCACGUCGUUGCAAGGAUCGCUGUCAGCACCGCGCGCGCGACCCUGUGCGCUCAGCGGUACUCUCGGCCGCACCGCCAUCGUGUUGUUGGAGGGCGUCGCGCCCAAUCAACAGACUGUAGUGCGAGUUAGCGUGGGCAAGUCGCAGGCUCUGUACUCGUGGGAGAGCGGACGUGCGGGUGCGGCGGCGCUGCUCAGUGUGGGUGGAGUACGCGUCGACCUGCCGCAGCAUGAGGGCGGGGCGGGCAGUGAGGAGGGCGGGGCGGGUGACGAGGGCGUGGUGCUGCGCGCGGGCCGCUACCUCGCUGCCACCGCUGACAUCGGCCUCUUCGAGCAUACGCUCUCCACAGAUCUUCUCAACCACCUCGUCUUUGUGCAGAAAGUCUUUAUGAAGGAAGUGAACGAAGUAGUACAGAAAGUAUACGGCGGAGAAAAGCCUGUGCCGCUAUGGAACGAGGAGGAAGCCUCGUCCUCCGCGCUUAGCAGGAUACUGUUCUCCCUUAUCAUAAGAAUCAAGCGUAUUCAACUGACGGCGACGACGCCCAGCAGCUCGGCGGUGCGGCUGGAGACGGGCGCCGUGGAGUUCGAGCUGUCCAACCGCGUGCAGAACGUGCCCGCGCCCGCCGCCGCCGCGCCGCACGACCUCCGGCUGUUUGCGCGCGCGCAGGUGGACGUGAACCUGAGCCUGGGCCAGCUGAUCCGCAACGCGAUGUUCGAGGAGGCAGAGCCCGAGUUCCAACAGUAUGCAUUCUUCAACACUAGAAUAUCAAUGCGCAAUGCGUUCCAAGAGGAGCUGAGCGGACAGGAGGAGGAGCGCGGGGGGGAGCUCGGGGAGGAGAAGGAGGUGGUGCUGAUCACGCUGAAGCGGCCGCUCGUGUACGUGCAGCCCGUCGCCGUAGACAAGGCCAUCCUCGUCUGGCUCAACUACAAGAACGCCUACGAGUACUGGAAUGAGAAGCGCCUCAACCUCAACAAGGAGGUGCUCACCGCCACCCAGCAGGUCUUCGAGAAGGUUCAGCUGACGUCACAGAUCACGACGCCGCACCUCAGCACGCUGUUCCUGCAGCUCAACGUCGACGACAUUGGCAUCUGCCUGCCUCUCAACCAGCCACCACUCGCGACGUGGGGGCGGGGCGCGUGCGAGCAGGACAGCCGCGGCGCUGUCGUCGUCACCUUGGAGAGCACUAGCAUCUCCGCCUGCAGCUCGGGAUCACUCGUCAGCAAGGGUCGGUUCGUGGGUCUUUGCCUGCGGUUCGCGGAGGACUUCGAGGCUUCACUGGACGACUGGAAGCCGGAGCCGGCGGAGGCCACCACCAACGUGUGCUGCGUCUCCGAGGGCACCUACGAGGUCUGCAGCCGCACCACCGCAGCCAAGCACAACGAGAACGCGAAGUGGUUCCUGAACGUGUCGUGGCAGAUGGAGGGCGUGGACAUCCACCUGGACGUGAGCGUGGGCAAGCAGCUCUCCGCGCUCGGGCAUACGCUCACCAUGCUCACCGGAUUCGAAGAGGAAGACCCGUUCCCGAAAAUGGAUCCUUAUGAGAGUGAUUUAGAUGACGAGGCCGAUAACAGCAAAGGUUCUCAGGAGAGCAUUGUGUACCGGCGCAAGUACGCGGACCACCUGCCCGCAUUCGUGUUCGACGCGAGCCUGGACGCCAAGAAGCGGUCCAAGCUGAUCGAGCAGGAGAUGAGCGAGCAGGCGCGCAUCAUACACGACCUGCGCGCGCUCGGCGCCAGCCGCGCCACCGUCGACCACGAGCUGCGCCGUCUGCACGACCUCGAGGCACUCGUCUUCAAGGAUUUUAGGAGGGACAUGAUCCAGAAGUUGCGGCGUCAGAGCGUGCGCGCCAGCUCCAUUACGAAGGGCAAGCUGGGCCUGGGCUCCAACCGCAGCCAGUCGUUCGUGUCGGCGGCCCCGCCCCCUCCCGCGCCGCCCUCCACGCUCAGCCCGCCCUCUACAUUGUCCCCGCCUUCGCCGCCCUCACCACCCUCGCCGCUCUCGCCGCCCUCGCCCUUACGCGAUGCCGAAGGAAUCCUGGAGGCUCACCUGGCGUCUGCGAGCGCUGCGGGCGGGUCCGGCGGCUCGGGGGGCUCCGGGGAAACGCUUCUGCUGGCGGACGAGGACAGCCGACUGGCCGACAUCAUGGAGGCCGGCAGCUGGAGCUCCAUGGACAGCGAGCCGCUUCCAGGUCCGUCUCGCACGUGGUCACUGCGCACGCGCACGCGCACGUCGGGCAGCGGCAUACCCCCCGUGCAACGACAGAGUUCGCUGCCCGCACCCUGGCCCGAGCGUCGCGAUACGCCACAUCCGCGUCGCAGAAACGAUCCAGGAUCGUUGUCCGAGAAUCAAGGUCAAGAGGGCAAGGAGGGCAAGAGCGGCGUUAAGACGAAGACCGCGGAGCCCAACAUCGACCUGGAGCUGGACGUGAAGGUGCACAUCAACAGCGGCAAGUGCGUGCUGCACACCAAGGAGCCCGCGCGCGACGACGACAUCAAGAUUGGGGGGUCUCGUGGUCGUGUGGGCCGGUCUGCGUCGGGCGGUCUGUCGGGCGGGGGGGCGGCGGGCGGCGGGUCCGGUGCGGGCGCGGGUGCGGGCGGCAGCGAGGCCAGCUCGCCGGGCACGCGCCGCAAGCCGCGUCUGCCGCCCGCACCUGACCUCACUGUCUUCCGCGUGCCCGGACUGCAGCUCAAGGUGCAUUACGAAUCUAAAACCCUACCGGAGGACGUGUCGCUGCCGCUGGGCGCGGCGGCGCGCAAGCUGGCCACCAAGAAGGCCGCGCUCUUCGCCUGGAUCACGCUGCAGAGCAUUCCCGAGGAGACCAUCAUCAGUCCGCACAUACUGGAGUUCUUGGAGCAGACGCUCGAGCCUAUACCCACCAAGGCUUCCUUCUCAGCCACACCCACACCAGAGGCGGAGAGUGCAUCGCGGUCGCGGUCGAGCGGCGGCGCGUCGUACGGGCAGUACGUGUACGCCUCGUUCCCCGUAGACGUGAUCGUGCACUUCCACACGCGGCCUUCCGCCUUCCGCUUCAGCUGCCUGCCCGCCUCCCGCGUCGAGUGCCUGCUGCAGCUGCCCAGCCUGCGCAUCGUCUUCAGCUCCAAGCGCGCUAGCGACGAGGAAAUGGCGGAGCCCGCUGUAGCGAUGGGAGGGCUGAGCGUGACGGGAUGCCUGGCCGAUUUCUCUGUGUACAUCUUCCACCCGUACGGCGGCAAGAAAUCCAGCCUAAAAGAGGCGCAGUGGUCGCCGCUCGCCGACUCGGAGCGCAAAGACUCGCUCAGCGUCAACGUGGAGUUCGUCAAGUUCCACCUGUCGCGCUCGCGCAAACUCGACUUCCAUGCCGACCAGGACCACUCCAAGGCCACCGUUAGGUUCUCCACUAUCGUGGACGUGGGGUCGGCGUGGUUCAAGUACGACAUGCGGCGUCUGGGAGAGAUCCUCGCGUUCCCCAAGGCGUGGUACCGGCGCAGCAUCGUGCGCCGCAUGUUCCUCGGCGACGUCAGCGUGCACCACGACAGACACGACAGGCACGACCGACACGACAGACACGACAGACAUGACAGGCACGACAGACAUGCGCACGCGCAGCCCGGGACGAGCAGCAAUGCUCCCGUGUCGCCCGUGCUGCCGCAGAGAGAGAAAACUAAGACUGUUGAUACACCAAAAGUUAAAGAGAGCGCAGGAGAGGGCGGGGCCGGGGGCGGGGGCGGCGGGAGUGCGGCGUGGGAGACGCUGGUGCUGUUCGCGGUGAACUUCACGCGGCUGAACGUGCACAUGAACAUGGGCAACGUCAUGGGCAACGUGAGCUGGCAGAGCCGGUCUCUGGGCGCGUCGGGUCGGCUGAGCAUCGGCAGCACGCACCGGCGGCACAUGGUGGUGCGCGUCGAGCUCGGCGCCUCCGCACUGGACGCGCGCGCCGGCAUCGUCGGUGGCGCCAUCUCGCUCUCCGCACUGCGCGCACACUUACACAUAGAGGAGGAGCCGGGUUGCAACCCGGGGCACGUGCUGGGUGUGCAGCUGGCCGCGCUCGAGUUGAGGCUGGAGUACAUGGGCACGGCUGCGCUGCUCGCGCGCGUCUCCCGCCUGCGCGCCGCCCUGCGCGAUGAGUGGCUCGCGCGCACGCGCCCGCGCACGCCGCGGCCACGCCCACUACCCAGGCCCGCCAUUAUCCUGAUCCACGGCACGCUGAGCUGGCACCAGCUACAGAUUCUGAUGAGUCGCAGCACGACGCCGGACCUCCUCAAGAUGCAGCUCAAGCUCGAGGAGUUCUUCACGCAGCAGUUCAAGUCCAGCAAGCGCGUGUUCAGCUCUCUGCAUCCCAACUAUGCGACGGCCAGGAGAGAUAAGAAUAGAGAACCGAAUGUGAAUCCAGUGCAGAGUGAUCAGCAGCAACAGCAGCACCAGCAGGAGCUGCGGCACCACCGGCACUGGCAGAAGGUGCUGCGCCUCGUGUCCGGCAUGCAGCUGUCCACGCUGCCCGCGCCCCUGCCCGCCAACGGUACUGUGCUGGGCGGUACGAUGGAGCUGCACGGUACCAACAUCUCCCUGGGCUGUUUCCACGGCACCAGCAUGAAAGCCAAGUCCUGGGCCCUCUUCAGCCUCAAGGACCCCUGCAUCAGCUUCGCCACAGAGGCCCAGCAGCUCGAGAACGAGCAAGGCGAGCUGGAGGUGCAGGCGGUGCAGAGCUUGACUGCGAGCCUGGGGGGUGCGGGGGGUGCGGCGGGUGCGGGCGGCGGGGCCGCGCCAGCUGGGUCCGGGGCCGGCGCGGGCGCGGGCGGGGAGCGGGCGCGCGCGGGCGAGCGGCACGUACGCGAGGUCAUCUUCGCGCUGCCCGCACUGCAGCUGCAUCUGCGCACCAGGCAUCUGCAGCGCGCGCCCACACCCACACAGGAAGACGAGAAGCCGGUGGUGGAGUGCAGCUUCAUCACGGAGUUCGAGGAUCACAUCUUCGUGUCGGUGGACGCGGAGGCGUUCCUCUUUCUGCACGACCUCAUCUCAUCGUACAUCAAGGAGAAGGACCGCGUGAUGCCGGGCGGAGUGCGCGCCGGCACCAGCGCAGUGGGUGCAGUGGGCGCAGUGGGCGCGGCCGGCAGCGGGGCGGAGGGCGUGCCCCCGCAAGACUACCGCGACUACCGCUGUCUCACCUGGCACCUCGAGCCCACUGUCAGGUUGCUGUCGUGGGCGGGCAAGUCGAUAGAGCCGUACGGUGUGGACUACAUCCUGCAGAAGCUGGGCUUCAGUCAUGCCCGCACCACCAUACCCAAGUGGCUGCAGCGCGGCGCCCUCGACCCUCUCGACGCCCUCCUCGCCGCCGUACUGCUGCGUCUUGUUGCCCUCCUGCCGCACAAGACAUAACGGACACAGGCCACUAACACCUGAUCUGUUUGAUUUAUUUUAUAAUACAUUCAUAAUUAAUUGAAUAUAAUUGGGGAAUAUGAUGGAAUUGUCAGACAAACAAGAUUCAACUUAUAACAUAAAUCUUUGUGGAGAAAAGCAAGCGUCCUUGCAAGUCCUUGCGUCCAAAAUCUAGGCAACAUUCUAAUAAAGUCAAUACGUCACACAUGAGAUCUCAAAAUAUUUAUAAAACUAGAAAAAAUUAUGAUAAACCAUUCAUUAACAUAUUACACAAACAUAACAUUGAUAUAUAGAAAAUAUUUAACACGUACGUUAACCAUUUAACUAGAAGUUAUCUUAAAUAGAAGUACAUUAAUUAUUUCGAUUAAGUUUACAUUUUAAUUUUCACCGAAUUUUAUAUAAAAAGACUUUAUAUUUAUUUACUAUAGAUUUUAUUUUGUGAGUUAAUUAUAAUGUUAGUAUAUACAUUUGUAUUAAAUUAAACAUAUUAAUUACUUUUACUAUUUUAUCGUAAAUUUUUCAUAACCUUUUAUCGUAUUAUCUUCUACAACCAUAGACAAAAAGUUCUCCGGAGACAUUUUGUUGGUGCAAAUUCUCUUAGUCUUUGUCAUUUGUAACACAAAAUAACACAUUAUGUCAACUAUGUAUGGAACACAAGUUUUACAACACUUUAAAAUAUAUAUAUCAAAUUGUAUGGAGUUGUAUAGAUGUUGUAUAUGUUAGUUGUUAUAAAAUUAGUUAAUUUGAUGAUGAGAGUUUGCGGUAGCUAUAUUUAUGUAGAUUUAUAGAAUAAAAACAUUUUGUAUGAUGGCCUAUUUCAAUAUUCCAAUGUAUAAAAUAAAUAAAAAAAUUAUAUAUAUUUUUCAAGUUUAUUUAUUUGAAAAAAUUGUCAAAUAUGAUAUUUGUCAAAAUUUUAAUAUUUAAUUAAUAAUUCGUUUACUAUUUAAUGUGUUUGAUUAUAAGUAAUAAAUUGUUUACAAUAUUUAUGUAAUGAAAGCGUUACGUUGAAGGGAAUCAAUGAAGAUUAGGUUUAUAUAAGUUGGUUUUGUUUAGCAAAUUAUAUUAAUUUCACGUUUGUAUUAUUUUGUAUAAUACUUGUAGUGGUUAUAUCGGAUUGUAUUUAUAUAUGCUGCUUUAUGUACUGAUGAAUUUUAUUAUGAAAAUGUGAUUUGUACAUAAUUAAUGUG